GAAGUAAGUGUGAGUAAUAAGAUACCUGGCUGUACGUUUUCUUCUCAAGGAGUAAGGAGAGGAAACAUAAGGGAGGGAGGUACAGAGGCAUAGGUAACCCGGUGUGACACACUCUACAUGAAACCUCACAGAUUUUCACAAAGACAGCACCGAAAUUUCUCUGGUAGAUCUACAAACUGUUGUAUGUUUUCAACAAGCAAGAAGAAAGCACAGUGGCUGGGAGACUGCUGAGGACAUUUCUGGACUGCGCUUUCAUUCAAAGCUGAAGAGAAGUAUAGCUUUUUAGCUUCCAGCAAGAUUACUGAGAAUGACAAUGUUUUGUAAACACGAUUCAUUUGAUAUGGGCAGGAGUGUCAGUUGAAUCAAGCCCUAAUUUGUAGCACUGGAGUAUCUGUUUCUUUUUUUUUUGCUGAAGGAACUAAAAAAAAGAAUAAUGUGGUUAAAAAGAUUCACGUUAUUGUUUUGACAAGUGCACAGUUUGAAUACAGCUUUACCUGCCAGAAGGAAGCAAGAUAAGAGGAGGUUUUAUUGAGGCUAUAAUCGUAGCACUCCUGAAGCGGGCAAGAAAAACCAGGGGAUUUGUUCCCACAAAAGACUUCUGUUUUCUCGACCAAAUGAAACCGACUCUUUGUGACACUGACUGGAUACACAGGAGUGAUUUAACACUGGUAUUUUAAGAGGAUUGGGGAAACCUGUUAAAUUCCUGUCAUGGAGGGGAACAAUUCAUCUGGGUCAUUAAUCCAUAAGUUAUUAGCCUCACCUAGGUUUGCGAAGAGAGAAUGUCAGCAGCAAGCAGAGGCGAGUGCAGUGCUAAAGUCGUUCAGGACAUUGCCCGAGGAAGAGUCAUAUCCACACCCUGCAAACCAUGGUGAUAUUAAUAACAGCUGUGUUCAUGUUGGUUCUACGAGUGCAGAUGUUUUACAGAGCUCUCCUUUUCUUGGUUGGAGAAGGCCUUUUUCUUCCUCAUUUACUGACUCAGAUGUGGUUCAGGUCACCAGAGUGGAGACCUACAUUGAUAAUGAUAAUGAUAAUGAUAAUGAUAAUGAUAAUGAUAAUGAAGAGGAGAAAGUUAUUGAGAAAUCAUCAUCUCUUGAACAGAACUGGGAUCUGCAUCAUUAUGAAAAGGACAGUAAUGUGUCUAAGACAGAUGCCACACUAUCUGUCCUCACAGAUAGAAAUGUUUUGGAGUUGACCAAAGGAGAUGACAGUUCUCUUCUGUACAAGACGUGGUCUAAUGAUAGUUCUGACAGAAAAGAGGACUUAUCUCCUUACUCAGUAGAUCAUUUUGGACAUGAAAUUUCAUCUAAAGGCUUUCUGCGGGAUUCUUAUCUAAACAGUGGUGAUGGACAAACAGUUUCUCCAUACAGUACUGUGGACUCUCCUCACGAAUCUCCAUACAGGACUGAAGACUCUGUACACGAUUCUACCUAUAGGACUGAGGACUCUCUGCUUAAGCUAUCUACAGAGCCUCAGCCUACACCAGCACCAGAUGAAAAUGCUUUGGACUCCAGGUUGCAAUCAUUAAAGCAAAUUUCUCAUCAAGAAGAAAGUUGCAGAACAGCUACACCAAAUAUGAGUUUCACCAGUUCAGAGUCCCACAGCUCUAUAGAUACUACCUCUCUAAGCUCCACUCUCCAGCCAGGAGAUGACAUGACAAAAGACCCAUUACAGACAAAUCGGAAAGAGUCCCUCAAUGAUUCUGUGCCAAGUGCCACAUCUCCUUCACAAGACAUCAUAGAGGACAUGCAUGCCACUAAAAAGACCACCUCAAACCCAUCCACAUCUCCUACUCACAAAACACUCUCAGCAACAUCCAGGGAACCCUUCCAGAUGCCGGCCCUGUUCAGUGGUGUACGAGUACUAAAGAAAGGUGCUGUGGGAGAGGAUCGAGAAACCAUGUCUGAAAUCAAGCAAAAAGAUACAGACCGGGCACUACUGAGCCUGAAACAGCAUGUCAACAAAGCCAAACUCAAACAGCAUCAAGUCAGCACCUCCACACACAAAAAGGGAGCUGAUCCCAAACCUGGGGCUGAGUCCAAGAAUCAGUGGCGGCGAAUGUUAAAUUUCGAUGACAUCCACAAUGAGGAGAGCCUAGAAAAAGGGCCAAAGGGCAAUGAAGGCCUCAAUACAGCAGAGAAAGUACAAGCAAAAGAUGCGUCAGGGGAGUCUUUCAAGUUUUUGUCUAGUUUUAAGCCCCUUUUUAAGGACAAUGUUGUAGGAGAUACUUCAGUUGACCUGGAGGCUGUAAAGAAGAAAAGAAAAAAUGACAGAGAACUACUGAAGUCCAUCUUUGAAAAAUCUCCAAGCAAAUCACAGAGCACUGACAAGAGUCCAGGAGAAACUGAGCUCUCCUCUCCAGGAGAAAGUGAGGACAGGACUCCUGGGAGACUUCAAGCAAUAUGGCCACCACGUAAAGCUAAGGAUGAGGAGGAAAAAGUGGGACUCCGUUACACUGAAGCAGAGCACCAGGCUGCUCUUCUGCAACUGAAGAGAGAAUGUAAAGAGGAAGUGGAAAAACUGCAGGCUGAUUCCGAGCUCCGGGUGUUUCAGCUGCGCGGAGAGCAUGCAGUGGCUCUUUCCCGACUGCAAGAGACCAUUGCUGAACUUCAGAAGGAUCGAGGCUAUACACCAGGCAAGAGAAAAGUGCACGAUGCCUGUGUGUCCACCGAAGAUGACGCGUGUCUCAAAACGUAUCGCAACGUUUGCAUCCAGACGGAUCGGGAAACUUUUAUCAAGACGCCAGAAAGUGAGAAUGCCAAACCUGUUCAAAGCUUGCCUCGAAAACUUGAUCUCAAUUCCAUCACCCAGAAUCUGGGCGUGGUACCUGGAGCACCACCUCCACCACCUCCCCCUCUGCCUGGCCAACCGGGUGUCUCCUCAGCUUCAGGUUCAGCAGCACCACCCCCACCACCACCACCCCCACCACCACUGCCACCUGGAUCAGUUCCACCACCCCCUCCACCUCCUUUACCUGGAGCCGGAGCUGCACCACCUCCACCUCCACCCCUCCCCGGAGCUGGUCCUCCACCGCCACCUCCACCUCCACCUCCACCUGGAUUGCCUGGAGCUCCACCCCCACCCCCACCUAUUCCAGGGGGUGCCCCCCCACCUCCUCUGCCCAGUUUUGGGAUGGUGGUGGAAAAACCUCCACGCAAAGCAGCAAUAGAACCAACAUGUCCCAUGAAGCCACUCUACUGGACUAGGAUUCAGAUUCAAGAUGACAAUAAUAACACACUGUGGGAUUCUCUUGAAGAGCCAGAUAUCGUUGACACAAGCGAGUUUGAAGAGCUUUUCUCCAAAGCCACACUGCAGCCAAAGAAGAAACCUCUUUCCGACACAUAUGAGGAGAAGCCCAAAGCCAAAAAGAUAAUCAAGUUAUUAGAUGGGAAACGUUCUCAAGCUGUGGGGAUCCUAAUAUCCAGCCUUCAUCUGGAGAUGAAGGACAUUCAGCAAGCUGUUCUUACUGUGGACAACUCUAUAGUGGAUCUGGAGACGAUGGAGGCUUUAUAUGAAAACAGGGCUCAGAAUGAUGAACUGGAGAAGAUCAAAAAACAUUUUGAGAACUCCAAAGAGGAUGAAGUCAAACUUUUGGAUAAGCCUGAGCAAUUCCUUUAUGAACUGGCUCAGAUUCCAGAUUUUGCCGGCCGGGUUCACUGCAUCAUAUUCCAGUCAAUGUUUCUGGACUCCAUAGCAUCCAUCCAUGGUAAAGUGGAGAUCAUCUCCAGAGUGAGUAAGGGUCUGUUGGAAAGCAACAGUAUAAAAGACGUGAUAGGUCUUAUCCUGGCCUUCGGGAACUACAUGAAUGGUGGGAACAGGACCAGAGGGCAAGCUGACGGCUUUGGUUUAGAAAUUCUUCCUAAGUUGAAGGAUGUCAAGAGCAGGGACAAUCGCAUCAGUCUGGUGGAUUAUGUGGUGUUAUACUACCUGCGAAACAUAGACAAGGAUGCAGGGACGGAUAAGAGUGUUUUCCCACUGCCUGAGCCUCAGGACUUCUUCCUCGCUGCUCAAGUCAAGUUUGACGACCUCUUCAAAGACAUGCGGAAGCUAAAGAGGGAUCUUACAGCCUGUGAAAAAGAAGUACAAAAAGUGUGUGCCAACUCCUUAGAAGAACACCUCCAACCAUUCAAAGAUAAAAUGGAUACUUUUCUCACCACUGCAACAGAAAAGUAUGCAGCUGAAGAUGAGCGCCUUAGCACUGCCCAGAAAAGCUUUAAGGAAAUGGCCACCUACUUCAGGGUCAAGCCCAAAUCUGGAGAGAAGGAGGUUUCACCUGACUAUGUUUUCUUACUAUGGUAUGAGUUCUGCAGUGAUUUCAAGAACGUAUGGAAACGUGAGAGUAAGAUCAUCUCCCAGGAAAGACUAAAGGAAGCUCAGCUGAAUGUAAAAAAGAUCACAGCUGAGAGAUCACAGCUGAAAGUGGAGACGAAAAAGGUCAAUGCCAACAGUCUGAAGGAGAGGCUGAAGCAGAAAGAGACGAAUGUGCCCUCCAUCUGAAGGAAAAAGAAAGUACAGACUGAUAAAGCAUUAUUUCCUCCACCUUUUAGAGAGACAGUUUUGCACAGGAGUAUGCCAUUCUAUUGUGCUAUAAUGUACAUUAACGUAGUGGCCACCAUGAAAAGCAGAAAGCUUUGUUUCCCUUUUCUUGUGGAUGUUCAGUCAAGAGUUGUGGGACUCAUCAGGAAAUGAAUCAUCUCCAUCUCCACAUGAAGGACAGAGACAUCUUCCAUGCUGAUUCCAGACUUCUGUCUCCUGUGAAGGUGUUUAUUUAAUUAUUGCGAGCAUUUCCAAUAUCAGAGUCUCAGCUUCAUUUAAAGCUUUUACAAAUUAAAUCUCCAAAAAAAAGAAAAAGAAAAGAUAGUCAGUUGCGAUGUCUGCAUUCAAUCAAAAAACAGGGCAUUUACUAAAUAAACCAAAAUUUUUAACAGGCAUUUGUAAGACUUAAUGAAUUAAAUGUGAAAAGAGAGGUACACAGAGUGCAAGAGGGAGAGAGAGAGAGAGAUUGUUUUGCCUAUAAAGGGUUUUUAUAAACUUCAAGGUCAUAAGGAGUCUCUAUUUAUUUAUUUUCUAUAGAAUAUAUACGUCGGUGCAGACAGAAUGGCAGACUGCCAGAUCUCGUCAGUCAGUUAAGACCUCACUUACACACCUCAAGUUACCAAUAAAACCCAGAGUUAGAGGAGAGAUAAACCUCCUGCAUCAGUCAGAGUGUUUUAACAGUUUUGGUCUCGUCUCAUGAGUAACAUGGUAUAAACUGUACAACUACCUACUCUGUCUCAUAGGUGUAGGUAUAUGACAGUCACAUGCACUUUCCUGCUUGCAACAGCAGCCCUUGUGCCACUUCCUUUUUACUAGAUUGUACGUUUUACCGCCUUUACUAUGUCUCAUGCACCUCAGUUGUAGUUUCUAUGCAAGCUCCUUCCUGAACAACAGCUGUGGCUUGGGAGAGCCACAGUGUCCAUGUACAAUAUAAUAUAUUUAUUUUCCUAGUAUUUUGUUGAAGCUAAUAUUCUGUAAAUGAUGUGUUGAAAAGUGAACAAAUUAGUGAGCCUGUACCCGAGGAUAUAUAUAUAUAUAUAUAUAUCUUCUAAUGAGUGAAUUUUUUUGCCUCAAGUAAAUUCCUCAUUAUUACCAAAUUGUUCAUGAUUUCAUCUUCAUGCCUAGUCUGUAAGAAUGAAUUAAGUGUCUUGGACAAGUGACUGGGUCAAAUGGACAUCAUAAGCUUACACUUUCUAUUUAUUCAUUCCAAAUAUGUGGUGUGAGUAGCAGCAUUGUCUCAAUGUCAUUAAUCUUGGCCUUCUUUUCUUUGCUGUAUUUGUCCUGCCUGUCUUUCUCUUCCCAUAAACUUCACUCAUUCCUAGUUGUGGUUGGUGUUAAGUUGUUCUUUCAACAGUCUGUUCAUAUGCACAAAAACUGAACUCAGUGACCACGGGGAAAAUCAGGACAUGACCAACAUUAGCUCACACGGACCAAAUGUUUCCCCCCACUUCACACCAAAGUCAUGCAUUAAAUCUGAAACAUAUUUGUGGCACUCCCUUUUUUGUAUUGGUUGUAUAUUAUUUCAGGCAGGAUAUGAUUCUGAAUGGGGGAAAUGGGAAAUGUUUCUCACUAAAUGUCACUUUAUAUUCUCUGAUAUAUUUUAGGUACAUUACAAACAUUGCAUAAAGGCAGUUUUCUUACACAAGAAUUAAAUAUCUGUAAGUACUUAAGGCCCUAAAACACAACAUUAAUAAUGCCACAUUACAGACUGUGAAUAAGUGACAAUAAGUGCUUCUGCUUCAAGACAAUGUGUUCUGUGUUAUUUUCUUGUUAUCCCUGAAAACAACAGUGACUGUGAGAUCUGAAGUCCAGGGACUAUUUGUGUUUCACAUUAAUAUAUGCU